GGGGCGGGCAAGGCAGUACUUCUCUUCCCCUUUGUGAUCUCAACUCCUCCCAGGGGCGGUCCUGUCCCAUCCCUGGCUGGCUAGCUGGCUGGGACUAGCCGAGGGAGGAGGAAGAGAGCAAGAUGCUGGGGGCUGCGGGCCGGCACGUGGUGUGCGCUUUGUCAGGCGGGGUGGACAGCGCGGUGGCGGCUCUGCUGCUGCGGCGGAAAGGAUACCAAGUGACUGGGGUUUUUAUGAAGAACUGGGACACUGUGGAUGAAACAGGCAUUUGUUCUGCUGACAGAGACUGUGAAGAUGCUUAUAGAGUUUGUCAGAUACUAGACAUUCCAUUUCAUCAUGUUUCCUAUGUAAAAGAAUAUUGGAAUGAUGUGUUUAGUUACCUUUUAAAUGAAUAUGAAUUGGGAAGGACUCCUAAUCCUGAUAUUAUAUGUAAUAAGUACAUCAAAUUCAACUAUUUCCUGAACUAUGCUUUGGAUCAUCUUGGAGCAGAUGCAAUUGCAACUGGACAUUAUGCGAGGACUUCCCUGGAAGAUGACGAAGUAUUUCAGCAAAAAUACAUACAAAGGCCUCAAGGACUUUUCAGAAAUAGAUUUGAAGUAAGAAAUGCUGUAAAACUCCUCCGAGGAGCUGAUCAUGUCAAAGACCAGACGUUCUUUCUCAGUCAGAUUUCACAAGAAGCCUUGCGGAGAACCAUCUUUCCUCUAGGAGAGUUGACCAAAGACUUUGUAAAGAAGAUAGCAGCGAAACACCACCUUCAUCAUGUGCUGCAGAGAAAAGAGAGUAUGGGAAUCUGUUUCAUUGGGGUAAGAAAUUUUGAAAAGUUCAUUCUUGAGUAUUUAGAACCACGUCCAGGCAAUUUUGUUUCCAUUGAAGAUAACACAGUCAUUGGAACACACAAGGGUUGGUUCUUGUAUACGUUUGGCCAGAGAGCCAGGAUAGCAGGUCUCAGAGAUUCCUGGUUUGUUGUCGAUAAAAAUGUAACCUCUGGGGAUGUCUUUGUGGCACCCUCUACAGAUCACCCUGCACUCUACAGAGAUGUCUUGAGGACAAACAGAGUGCACUGGAUUGCUGAGGAACCACCCGCAGACCUGGUUCGGGACAGAAUGAUGGAGUGCAGUUUCCGUUUCCAACACCUGAUGGCGCUAGAACCCUGCACAUUAACUCUAAAUCAGGAUGGGACCGUAUGGGUGACGCUGGUGAAGCCAAUAAGGGCUCUGACACCAGGCCAGUUUGCUGUUUUCUACAAGGGUGACGAAUGCCUUGGCAGUGGGAAGAUUCUGAGAUUGGGUCCGUCAAUGUAUACUUUGCAGCAAGGCAAAGCCGGAGAAAAGGUGGCGAAGAUUGUGCCAGCUGAUGAGGUCAAGGUUGAGCCAGCCACAUGACUGCCUGCUUUCUGAUUAAUACAAAGACUGGGUUGGAUAAAAUAUAUGUGUUUGUUUGUUUUAAAAAGACCUUUCUGUCUUGAGCAGAUAUGUGGUGGAUGCACGUGAAAGUAUUUGAUCUGCGUUUGGCAGAUAUUUUCACAGGUAAAUUAAGAUUGUGCUUCCAAGUUUUGUGUAAUUAAAAUAUUUUUGACAUGGUAA